AAAGAAGUAUGAAAUUAAGAAAGAAAUAAUUGAAUUUGCCUCCAUCUUGUUAGUGAAUGGUCAAUUGAAAAAUCAGUCAAAAUAGAUGUGCUCUUUAAUUAAUUAGUAAUUUGCAAGAUAGCCCACUAUGGAUUACUAGUAUAAAUUAAGACAAUCAUGCAGCCCCGGCCUCUACCUAGCUCCUCAUCAGUCAAUCUUCUUCUUCUACUCUUAUUCCUAUUAUUAAGGAAUAAGAAUGAAUAGUUCGUUAGAAAACCUGCAGAUGGUAACCUCCUCGUCCUCCCCUGAAGAAGAGGAGGACAACCUUUGCCACUAUGCCAUGCAGCUGGUAAGUGCAUCAGUGCUGCCUAUGGUGUUGAAAGCAGCUAUAGAGCUUGGUUUGCUGGAGAUUAUGGAGAGAGCUGGCCCAGGUGCCCUUCUUUCCCCCUUUGACAUUGCAUCUCAGCUUCCCACCGCCAACAACAGCCCGGAAGUCCCUAUCGUGCUCGAUCGGAUCCUUCGCCUUCUUGCUAGCUAUUCUAUCCUCACUUGCUCUCUUAAUAUUGUUAAUUCCAACCAUGACAUUGACAAGAGUGACCAUCAUCAUCAUCUGGAGGUACAUAGGCUUUAUGGUUUGGCACCCGUCUCCAAAUACUUCAUCCCCAACAAAGAUGGAGCUUCAUUAGCCCCAUUAUUUGGUGUAAUGCAGGACAAGGUUAUGAUUGAUAUGUGGUAUCACACCAAAGAUGCCGUUUUGGAAGGAGAAGUCCCAUUUAACAGGGCCUAUGGGAUGAACUCUUUUGAGUACAUUUCCAAAGAUGCCAGGUAUCUCCCCCUUUUCAAGGCUUCCAUGAGAGACUACAAUUCCAUGUUCAUGAACAAGAUUUUGGAGACAUAUAAGGGCUUUGAAGGCUUGAAAUCAUUGGUGGAUGUGGGUGGUGGCGAUGGUACCAUCCUUAACAUGAUUCUUUCCCACUAUCCCACAAUCAAAGCCAUCAACUUCGAUUUGGCUCCGAUUAUACAAAACUCACCUUCCUACCCUGCAGGUGUUGAGCAUGUUUCAGGAGAUAUGUUCUUAAGCAUUCCAAAAGGAGACGCCAUUUUCAUGAAGUGGAUACUUCACAGUUGGGAUGAUGAACAUUGCUUGAAGUUGCUGAAAAAUUGCUACGAGGCGUUACCAGACCAUGGGAAAGUGAUUGUUGUUGAUUUGGUGGUUCCAGAAUCCCCAGAGAGUAAAGUUUGGGUUAGAAGUAUGCUGCAAUUUGAUUUGUACAUGAUGAAUAUGAACCCCGGGGGAAAGGAGAGGACAGAGAACGAAUUUGGAAAUUUGGCAAAAGAAGCAGGCUUCUCCAGCAUAAAACUGAUAUGUCGUGCCUACAAUUUCUCACUUGUGGAAUUCUACAAAAAGUUGUGAAAUUCAGUUGCAAAUUUUUCGUCAGUGAUAUCUUUAAGCAUACAAAAUUUCUUCUCUCCUCUCCUGUAUGUGACCCUGCAGUGGCUGCUAGUUAUGUUUUUUUUUUUUAAUUAUUAUUAUUAUUAUUAUUAUUUAGUUUGUACAACAUCAAGUGUGAUGAUCCGUGUUCAUUGCCAUAACUGGGGAGUUAAUGUAGUACGUACCGACUUCCCCUCUCUCCUCUUCACUCUUGUUUAACGUUAAAUGUGUUGCUGCUAAUUUGAAUGGCUUGUCUUUUACUCA